AUGUGAAGCGAUUUUAUAGAGCAUUUGAAGUCGUUUUAUCUUAAAUAUUAUGAAAAAAUAUCUGAAUGCAUAGCAAAUGGAAAAGUUUCUCCAAUAAAGCCUAAAAAAUUGCAUCCUAAUAAUGAAGAGUCCAAAGGGGAGCCACUACAAACAAUAAUGAUCAAAAGCAAAAAAGGUAUAAAUGAGGAUAUUCAUGUAUCUGUGCCAAUCUCUUCUAAUAAUAAUAGAAAAGGAAAAUUGCACCAUCUUUAG